AAAGUAUAAUUCAGUCAGGAAGUGUUCAUUUCGUGCGGUUCAAGAAUAUUUUCCAAAAUGAACUACGCGGUUCCAAUAAAGCGCCAUAAGAGGAUCACAGAUUUUCAAAGGCAACGGAUGAUAUCCUUCAUGGAGGCUCAUCCGCACCUCCAAAAAGGCAAAUACGACCAUAAUUUCUCAAUGGAAGAUGCGCGUCGUUUGUGGCAGAAGCUGACGAACAUCCUCAAUGGGAUGGAUGGACCCAAGAAAACCUGGCUCUACUGGAGAAAGUCCUGGCACGAUAUGCAGUGCCUCCAGCGAAAGACCGGGAAGGCCUACAAAGAUACCCUUCCAUCAUACGGGGAAGGGACUUCAACUGCGGAUUACGGGGAUGACUCUAUCAUGGAAGAAGAUCCAAUACCGACUCAAAUUGGGGAGACAUCCGUAAGGAAGAUUUCUCCCCGAGGAGUUACUACCGUAGCUCGUCCAUCCCUGGCCAGAGGAGGGUCUGGGAAUGCCGUGAAGAAUGAAACAAUUGAGAAAGUUAUAAUGGCGGACGCUGACGACAACGUCGAGCACGAAUAUUACAAGAAAAAGCUGGAAUUGCUGGAGCGUCAGACCUUAGCCUUUGAGACUCAGGCUCAGGCACUCCAGAUCCAGGCUGAGACUCUCAUGGAACUCACGGAAACCGUCAAGAACUUGGCAACAGUCGUGGAAAAUAUGAAUAACAACCGUUAAAAAAAUGGCGUCAAUACCGUUCAAAUCUUAUUUUUGAACUAAGGUUAGAACAUUAAAAGCCGAUCUCCACAAAUUCGAUGUAAUUUCUAUAAUUCUUUCUCCGAAUUAAUAAAAAUUGAUGAA